AUGAAUUAUCUUAACGGUCUAUCUUACGACAGUGGAACAUAUGUAUGGCUUAAAACCUUUGAAGAAUUAGAAAGGUUUGUUCUAGAAGCACUAAACUUGAAAGGCAAGUGGAAAUCCCCUGGAGGCGACGUUAAAGUUUUCAAAAGCGAAGGAGAAGGGGAAUAUAUGAUUAAAUGGCGCGGUCCUCGUUCGAAAAAGCUGGUUAUACAGAGUGAUGAUGCUGAAGAGAAUCUAAAGUUGAAGCUCGAAAGCUUGAUAAAUCGGGACCCGAAAGAUGUAAAUCCCUCAUGCGAAGCAUCAACGAAAGAGGUUUGUAGUAGUGUUAAUGAGCUGACUGAACCAUCUGUAUCGCAGUUUGAUGGCUUGAAAGCAGAUAUUGCUACCCUAGUGGACAUUACGAGUGAUCUAAUAACUGAAAUUAACUCUAUGCGAUCCAAACAAAAAGACUUUGAGUCUGUUAUUCGCAAGCAAGACAGCGAGAUAUGUAGACUUAGCGAAGCAAAUUUGCUCCUUGCGUCAAGCUUGCGGUCUCUUGGGAAUUCAACAUUCAAA